AUGGCCGUGAACCUCGACCAACAACACGCUGCUUUUGAACGACAAGAGCGAUCAAAGAUAGGCAGCAUCGGUCAUGACCAUCAAUGCACUGUUUAUGAACAACAACAAGCUAGCUCUUCUGAUUUCGAAGUCUGCGGAGUCUUCGCUCCAGCGCUCCAUAAUCCACCGCUCCAACCUAGAGGAGAAAAUCCUUUGGAUAACCCUCAAUACCACUGCCCUCGUUGCGACACUACCUACUCACGUUCCUUGGCAGUCAAGCAGCACUUUCCUCGAUGUAUCGAAACCAACGGCAACCCCGACUCUCUCAGAUGGUUUGAUCAUGAGAGUAACAACCUUACCGUUACACGGAAUCUGAACACCCUAAAAGCUGCUAUCACUCCGAGCAAGCACAAGCGAAGUGCAUUGUCCAUUGCUUCUCUGCUGGCGGAUGAGCCAGAGGCAUUCGUGGUUAUGAACAAAGUCGACAAAUGGGCUGCCAUGGCAGCGGAGAAGCAAGCAGCAACGGUUGCUUCGAUGUCGAAUAAGUCGAAUGGGAUAGGAACCUUGGCCACACACAUUCCGACCCCCGUCACGGCGUCAAUAAUGGACACGUCAAGCCGUAAGGACACGUCAGUAGUCAAAAAGCCAGCUAAGUCGCCCACUACGGCACCCAAACAGGGAAGCACACUCGCGAUCCCCGCAGCACGCGACCAGUUCGUCACCCUAGCGGGCAAGCAACCGGAACCAAGACCGCAAAAGCCGAGGAAGCGCAGGGCGCCUAACCAUGGCAGGGACACAGCCCACCUGUUCAAUAAUGCGGGGGUGCUCAUGCCAUCGAUUCCUGGGAUAGAUAUCGUCACGGAACGCUUGUUUGACAAAGGGGAGAUCAUGUCCCUAGGACCAUCGCGUUCACACGAUAGCUACUACCCAGUUGGAGAACCACUUGGUGGCUCCUUCCUACUGGACCACUCGAGCGACAAGAAGCGCAAGAGGGAUAACGAGAACUGA